UAUAAUUUCUCGAUAUCGGCCAAAAUGAAGAAGGGCAUUGAAUUUCGCGAAAUUUUACAGAGGUAAUGAAUCAGCAUCCGUAAUAAGCUAAGGUUUUUCUACUUGUAACAGCAACUUUAAACUAAGGUACACAUUCAAUUAGUCAUUCGCUUGUGCGACAUUAAUUUUUGCCAGUGGAUUUUAGUAUCAUCGCGAUCCUAAAGGGAUCUUCUGCGAGAGGUUUCAUUUUUCCAUGCCAAGAUCGGCUACACCAGCUUUCUCGCAUGCUUUGGCGAUAUCCUUCAGUGUUAACUGCCGCGAACCAGUCAGAGGUCAUUAAUUACGACGCGCGAAAAAUAAGUAAGUGUGAAGGCAGCUUUAUGCUAAAGAACCGAACUAUGGUUACACUCAUCACUCAGAACUUCGUUCAAAGAACUCUCAUUGGUUGGGUGACUAGAAGGAAGUGACAGUAAAGCAAACUUGGCGACAUUUGCAUUUACUCGCGGUCCUCGUGACCGCAGCAGUCGACUGAAGAGCUUUCGAUGUAACUGAGGCUUCUAAUAAACUGGAUUAUCAGGAUUGCUCGUUUAAAUAAAGUUGAAAGCGCUAUCAAGACUACCAUUAUGUCAGCUCUUUGUGUUUUAUUCAUAUUUCGUUUUAAUAUUAUUUCAACAAUACUUAGAAUACAAACUCAGGAAGUUGAACCCUAAUUCGCACUCAACCCAACUGCUAUUUAUAACCAUUCUGAAUCAAGUGGUUGACAAAAAGCAAGUUAAAUGUAUUACAUACUGAUGAAAGAAAAAGGCUCACCAAAAUACACUCCUUGACAUUUCCAUCUAUUCGCGAUCCGCAACAUAAAACCGCUGCCAGACGGCGAGCGAGUGAGCGAGAUUAGAGAUUGGAAAUGAACUGGUCUGCUUGAAGUAGACUUUUCGAACCAAGCCGGACGUUCGAUGUCACACAGCUAUUAUGCCGGAGUAUUGCGAUAAAAAUUUCCCUUAAUGGCAUUUUGUCUCUAGCGUCAGUUUUCGCUAAAUGGUAUUUUGUCUCCAGCUGAAAGUGCAUUAGAAAAUUAAAGGUAAAUAUGUCUUGCAUAUAGCCGUAAAUAAAUAGUCACGCAUUAACCCUUGUCAGGCUGUCGACAGAGCACCCUCUUGACCAAUGGAUUUCGCUCAAGUUCGACGGUUCACAAUGUCCUUGUUUGUAACUAUAAAUUAACCAGCUUCAUUUCAAUUAAGAUGUCUAAUAGAUUUACACGUUCAAAUAACCUGUUCUCAAUGGCAAACAUCACGCUAGACGAGUGCUCGAAUAGAUUUCUUUCUAUACAUAAGUUAACUUGUCAGUAGGAUGACAAGAUUUGUCCGCAGUUGGAUUUUCUACGCGGGCACAAAGCAGCUAGAAAAUAUUUGUUGAGCGUCGGUAAAUGAAAGAAAUUUACAAACAUGGCAACAUGGCUGCUUAGAACCAUCCUGUACGCCUUGUUUCUUUUCCACUUGACUUCAAUCCAGACAAAUAGCGAACCAAACAGGAACAAGAGAGAGGUGCUUGUGGUGCUGCUUUACCCUUUCACGUCCUGCGAGCAUUUAAUUACGGUUGACCUCCCGUUCGCAGCAGCUUUUCUUGUGGCUGCAGAGACAGUAAACAACAGCACUUCGCUGGAAUUCACUCUGUCGGUCGACUGGAAUGAUACGCGAUGCAGCGAGCUGGUGGGAAUCUCCGCCAUGACCGAGCAGCAGGCUCGCGGAGUCCACGCUUUCAUCGGACCAGGAAAUCAAAGUUAUUGUGCGACAGCAGCUCGAGUGGUCGCUGCAUGGAAUGUGCCGAUGAUCUCUUACUUUUGCGACGAAGACGUCGUCACGAACAAACUGCUGUAUCCAACCUUCGCACGCACCAGGCCACCCAAUUCUCAGUUGAGCAAGAGCAUCCUGGCAGUGCUGAAGAAAUUUUCUUGGAAAAUAGUAGCCAUAGUCUAUUGCCAUAGCGAUAACUGUUUCGGUCAACAACCAUGGGAGAAUACGAAAGAGGACAUGAGGACAUUCUUUCAAGAUAAUGGGAUUGAAGUUUCCUACGAGGCCAGGAUGCCGAUGGAACAUGAGGAAAGCAAGUUUAAUCAAACUGUUGCAGCACUUGUAAUACUUGCCACAAACCCAGAAUAUGCCCCUGCGUUUAUGGUGGCUGCCAAAAGGCAAGGCAUGACAAAUGGUGACUACGUGUACAUUGUAAGUACGAUUUCUGACAUACACCAGGAUCAGGGUCUAGACUACUGGUGGUAUGGGAUCAGUGGUAAAGUCGACAAAACCGAGGCUGAGAAAGCCUGGCACUCGGUACUUACCCUAGUUCCCAGGCCUUACAAUUACACCAAGUACGAAAGGUUCCAGGAGCGCGUAAUCGAGAAAUCAAAGGUCUUCCCUUGGAAACGACCCGACGAGACCCAGAACAAAGUAAGUAUGAACAGAGAAAUGAAGACUGUGGGUCAAUUUAAACGAAAUGAAACAGAUGCAAACCAAAUCCUUGAACUUAUCCCUGGGAUUAAUAUCACUUGGUCUGAGGAUGGUCGACGGACAUCUCCUCCAGCACACAGACCUGUGUGUGGCUUCAUGGGCGAGCUUUGUCCCACACCUUCACCGAGUAAGUGGUAA